CGAUCCUCUCCCACCGGUCCGGCGUAUCAUCGGGGAACAUCACGAGGGCGAUCUCGAACUGCCGGUCCUCGCUCCAGGUCCACCGCGGGAGCGACGGCCAAUCUUCUUCGUCGCCGACGAAGAACGGCGGCGGGUAGGAGCAGGGGAACAAGGGUUCUAGAUCGGUCGAUUGGUCAUCGCUGGUCGAUGGGCGGAGAUCUAGUGACGCGGAAAUUGUGGAUUUGGUAAUUGGAUUUUGUGGGGUGCGAGUAUAUAGGGGGGAGAGGAGAUUGAAAGAAAAGGGGGAAAGAUUGGAGAGAAGAGUUUGACUCGAAGUAAGAAACCUCGAUCUCGCGCGG